AAGAGAAGGAGAGGAGGAGAGCAAGGACCAUGUUGUCUAUGAGCUGUGUGGACCCCUGGCCUGAGGGCUCCAUAGGCCUGGAGGAGGAAGUGGUCACUGCAGCCGCCCAGGCGGAGGAGCUGGAUCAGAACCCGAGCCCAACCCAGAGCGGCCCGGCCUGGAGCUCCAGCGCCCAGGACAUCGCCCCCUGCUGCCCCGGAGGAGGCACAGCGCCCAGCUCCAUCUCCAGCUCGCUGUGUCUGGACGACAGCCUGACCAGCCUGCAGUGGCUGCAGGAGUUCUCCAUCGUGAGCGCGCCGCACGUCGCACUCUCCUCCCACCACCAGGGGCCACUAGUGGGCAUCGACGCGCCCUCCUCGCCGCUGGCCGGUGACCCUGCCACCACCAUGGGCACCCCGCUCACCCCUGGCAAGCCCACGGCGGCGUCCUUCUACCGGACGCCCCUGCCCUGCCUGGUGACCCACGGGCACUGCCCGGACGAGGUGGACUACAAGAGCAACCCGCACGUGAAGCCGCCGUACUCGUACGCCACACUCAUCUGCAUGGCCAUGCAGGCCAGCCAGAAGGCCAAGAUCACGCUGUCCUGCAUCUACAGCUGGAUCACCGACAACUUCUGCUACUUCAGGCACGCGGACCCCACCUGGCAGAACUCCAUAAGGCACAACCUGUCGCUGAACAAGUGCUUCAUCAAGGUGCCGCGGCAGAAGGACGAGCCGGGGAAGGGCGGCUUCUGGAAGAUCGACCCGCAGUACGCCGAGCGCCUGCUGAGCGGCGCCUACAAGAAGCGCCGCAUGCCGCCCGUACGGAUCAACCCCGCGCUGCAGGCCAGGCUGCGUCUGCCCGCGACCUCCACCGCCACCACCUCCGACCCCGCGACCUCUGACCCCACGACCUCCGGCGGAGGGCUUCCGGGGGUGCUGAGCGUGAGCCCCGAGUCCCAGCUGCUUCUGCAGGAGUUCGAGGAGGCGACGACGGGCCUGGGCCGGACCCGGGACCCGCACCUGACGGAGGCAGCCGUACUCUGGGGGACGGGCCGAGGGGUCAGCGGCGGCGUCGGAGGGGCGGGAGGGCCGCGGGGGCGGAAGAGGAAGCAGCUGGGCGGGGCUAGGACAUCGUCCAAAGCCCCUCGCCGCUCCAGCUCGCCGCUGCUGUCCACGGAGGAACAGCGCGAACUGGGCGCGCUCAAGGGCAGCUUCGACUGGGACGCCCUGCUCGACUCCGCCCUCAACGGCGAGCUCAGCCUGGACGAAGGGGGGCCGCUCAGCCCCAUACCCCCCCACCACCACGACCAGCGCCAUGACGACCACCAGGAGCUCGCCGUGCACGGCACGCACAUCGGCCUCGGCCCCCUGCAGGCUGGCGGUGGGACUGCGGCCAGCGACGGACCCCGAGGGGUCAUCGGGGGCGUCGGGGACCUGGAGGAGGAGACGUACCUGGCCACGGCCUUCCUGCAGGACCCCUGGCCCGAGGAAGAGGAAGUGGAUGGCGGGGCCACCAGGGUGGACUUCCUGUGCAGCUCCACGGUCAACAUCGAGCAGCUGUUCGACCUGGGUGACUCGCUUGGGGGAGACAUCAGCAGCAAGAUCGAGUCUUUACUCUGAGGAGAGAGGGAGAGAGAGAGGGAGAGAGAGAAAGAGAGAUUUAAAGAAAGAUAUUCUACCCUGACACUGAGUGCAAGAGAAACUGUUUAUAAAGAAAAUAAAAAAGGACUAUUUCCCCCUUUUGAAAGCUGUUCAUGUAGACAAGGUAAAAGACUAUUUGCCCUCUUGAAAACUGUUUAUAAAGACAAAGGAAAAAACUAUUUCCCCUUCUAACUGUUUAUAAAGAUGUCCCUUUUCCCUUGAGAGACUAAUUCUCCCCUUGAAGCAACCGUUUAAGCUUGAUCAUGCUACGCCUGCAUGCACAUGCAAUAUAUACAUUUAUUAAGACUUUUUUUUAGCUUGAUUUGUAAAAUAGGCUUUGAUGAUUUUUGUAUUACUGAAGCCACUGAUCAAAUAUAUGCCCAAUGGUAAUUGUUUUAUAUCCAUGAUAAUCUUUUAAUUAGAUUUUUUUUUUUUUUAACGGUCUGCUAGGGCUAGGGCUAGCUAGCGCUACGGCUAGGGCUAGCUAUUGCUAGGGAGACAGGGAUAGGGAGGAGACUAAAAUUGAGAAGGGACCAACUCACGGACACCACUGAUCACUGAUCAAACUAAAUUCCUCCCCAAAAAGCCAAGUUUUUACCCUUCAGUAGGAUACAGAGCUAGCCUAGCGGGCAUUGAUAAUGAUAUGAAGGUUACAACAGGAACUAAUUCACCAGAGCUAGCCUAGCAGGCAGUGGAGAUGAUAUGGUGGUUACAACAGGAACUAAUGCACCAGAGCUAGCCUAGCAAGCAGCUUUUAGGUAUGAGGAUUGCAAAAGGAACUAAUGCACCAGAGCUAGCCUAGCAAGCAGCUUUUAGAUAUGAGGAUUGCAAAAGGAACUAAUGCACCAGAGCUAGCCUAGCGGGUUUUAGAUAUGAGGAUUGCAAAAGGAACUAAUGCACCAUAGCUAGCCUAGCGGGCAGGUUUUAGAUAUGAGGAUUGCAAUAGCAACUGAUUAUAGGCUACUAGAGGUAAUCAAAGGAGAUCUGGCCAAUGAGAUCUCUCACAGAGCAAUAGUUCUGUUUUCUCCUUCUCUGUGAGUAUGCAAAGCCCGCACACUGAGAGCAAGAUUACUAUAAGGAAGUAUGUUUGAUGAUGAAGGUUAUUAUAUCACUUUUGGAGUCUUCUAAGUGGUAGAACUCUGUUGUCUGUCAUCAUUUAUCCUGUUGUGUUGAGCAUUAUAAUAUCAGAAGGUGUGACAGUGGUGAUUGAUGAUGUAUGAUUAUUCAUACAUUUCUCUGUGUUUGAUUCUCUGAGAUUGCUAUCUUUGAUAUGACAAACUUAUCGUUUAUGUAUCAGUGAUACAUUGUGAGGUAUUCCUCUGUUCUUAAUGCUCUGAUAUCAGGUGCAUUGUGAUGUAUUGGGAUAUUUUACUGAUAAAUUGGGAUAUUUUACUGAUAAAUUGGGAUAUUUUGAUACCGUGUGACAUGGGCACUGCUGAGUUAAGACAGAGGGAAAACCGCCCAGUGCCAAACAGUCUGUGUGAGUGAUCACAUGAUGGAUGCGGACCAAUGGGAGUCUGUGUUGGGGAUCACAUGAUGGAUGACCAAUGGGAGCCUGUGUUAGGGAUCACAUGAUGGAUGAGGACCAAUGGAUGCUCUUACCUUCAUAUCGGUGCUUGCAUGGGUCAUAUAUGGUUUAGUUUUCACAUAUAAACGUACAUGGACUGAUAUGGGCCGAUGAACUGAAUAAUGAAGGGAAACUGAUUUGAUUCCACCAUGUCUGCAUGACAUUCAUCUUAUACGUCCAAGAGAGAGAUUUAGAUUCUAGAUCCAUGUGAUUUAGAUACCAGAUCCAUGUGUUUUAGAUUCUAGAUCCAUGUGUUUUAGAUCCUAGAUCCAUGUGAUU